CGGGGCUCCUAUGGCUGAUGGUCAGGAGGGUUGGGGCUCCUGUAUCUGAUAGACAGGAGGGGUGUGGUUCACAAACAAGGAAGUGGAACGGCCAGGCUCGUGUAGCACAACUUGAAGGCCUCUCGGAUUGUGAUGUUGUGCUGUCCUAUGGAGGAGCGGCACUGGAGGAUGAUGUGGUUUUGUCUCAGAGUGGUGUUGGUGACCAGUGUACACUGGACUUGGCGGGCAGACUUCUGGGAGGUAAGGUCCAUGGGUCACUUGCUCGUGCAGGGAAAGUGAGAGGACAGACUCCUAAGGUGGCAAAACAGGAAAAGAAGAAGAAGAAAACUGGCCGAGCCAAGAGACGCAUGCAGUACAAUCGCAGGUUUGUCAAUGUGGUGCCCACGUUUGGCAAGAAGAAAGGCCCGAAUGCCAAUUCCUAA